AAUAUGGUAAUUCAACGUAGUUGGAAAAUUUUAAGUGAUGCAGGCUCUACCUCCGCCUCAUCAACAGAAGCUAAUAGAUCUCCAAGCGGUUUGCAAUCAUCUUCAGACGAUUCUAAUUGUUCCAAUCAAACCACACACUCAAUGGUUACGAGCAUUGCGAGUCCCCCGACAAUGAAGUUGGAAGUUCAAUCGGUACAACAGUCGCCUGUCUCUACUUUCCAAAGUCCAAACUGUGCUAUCCCUGCAAAUGCCACCACCAUCACUUCAGCUGAUACCAUAAAAUAUGUCACUACACCUCUUAUGGCCGAGACAGUGCUGCAACGUUUGCGACAGCGUUUAAGCUGUCCUGUGCAGGUAAGCGGCACAGGUACCACUGCUGAAUCGGCCAUGCGUUCACUCGAGUUGCUGCGUAUUAGUAUUCAACAGUCCUUUGACCAUGAAGUUGAUGCCAUAAUAAAGCAGUAUAUGGAGAACUACUUUAAACCGGCAUUCCAGAAUAUAAAAGAGAAUUUGGGCCAGAACGUUGUGUCUGAGGAGAUUUUGCGAAAGAUGUCCUGUGCGCUAUUGGAGAAUGCUAAGGCGCAAUAUAAUCCUUAUCGCAGCAUGAAGCAAUCACUAGCCUGUGUAUCUGUUAAUACCAACAAUACCCUUCAUCAGUAUGGUGUUGGAGAGUCAACCAGUCUACGUUUUGCGGUCAGACGACCACCACCAAAGCCGGCCGAUUUCACUGAAUUGCCCGCCAAAAAGAUGUUAACGGUAUCAACGCAGCAGCAAAUACAUACUGUCGUACCAAGUACUGCCUCCAGUAUUGCUGCUUGUGUUGGAAAUGUAAAAAUCAAUCUGAAUUCAACCCCAACUUUAUUACAACAAUCACUCACUUUGCCGCAACAACAACAGAAAACGGGUCUCGUAGCUGGUUCUACCACUCCUGCGCGCAGACAAAUAUUUUGGAAUACAGCUCAGAUCUCAACAGCAACGAAAUUUGUAUUAGAUGUUCAGGCCAAUCAAGCUUUUGGUUUUGGCACCGAUGGAAACGAACGCCUAGCUAGUAAACACCCAGAAUUGAUACGUUAUUUACCAGAUAAUGAAGAUCGCGAUUGGUUAAGUUCUCAAAAUGUCAUAGCCGCACAAAAUCGUAAUUCUCGGUUUUUAUUUUUGAUACAUGAUGAAGUGUGUAGAUUGAAGCAAACGCAUGAAACAUAUCGGGUGAAACCCAAUAUAGAUCUUAAUAUUAUGAAUACGUUCACGGUGCCAGAAUUUAUGAUCCAAAAGAUGAAGCUUUUCUUUGUAGAUUUAAAUAUAAAGAGCCGUGGUUUAAUUACAAAUUCUUUUUCGGUUGGAGCCAGUGCUCAGGGCAAUAGUCACCUACGUAAUGCAUUGCUCCAAGGGAUAGCUUCACAGAAUAACAAUUUUACAAACACUAACAGUGGUAGCAUUAGAGCAACCGGUUCAGACACGGAAAUAAGUACAGUUUCUUCAGCAACAGCCACUGCAACACCAUUCAACAAAAUCAAUACCAGUAAUGCUACCGCUGUUGGAAGUUGCAAUAUUUCCAGCAGCUCCAGUGAUGCAACCGCAUUUUCAAAACCUAGCACAUUAAGUUCAUCUCAUGCAACACUCACUGCUUUGCUUAAUAACUCGUCAAAUCCUCCUCCGCAAGACAAAACUACCGUAGCUAAGUUGCGUAAGUAAUGUAAAAGUACGUUCGCAUAUGCAUUAACUACCAAUAAAUCCACAAAAUUAAUCUACCUGUUCACAUAUGGCAGAUUACCUGCAAAAUUGACAAUCAGAUGUCAAUACUGUUGUGAAAGAAAUUAUUUUGGAAUACUUCGGUGUUUGUGGUUUGUUUAAUAAUUAUUAACGAAAUCAAGAAAAUACAAGGAGAAGGAAUAGUUAAUUUAAUUGCGUAGUUGGCUGCUAAUAAUAAGCAAUUGAAAGAAAUCCGUAAACGACGUUUACUGAGGUUUCCAAAAUAUUAUGUCAGCAAUACGCAUUCGAAAUUCGAUAUUGCAUUUUAUAAUACAUAAUAAGAGGACACACUUUUAUGGACACACGCUUUUUUCCUGUUAUAUGAAUGCAUAGGAACAAGGAUUUUAUUAUUUAAGAAUUAUGUCCAUAAAAAUGUUCUCUUUAACGAUUUUCUUUACACGCGUAAAAAUAAUGAUCUAUUACACAGAAAACAAAGGGUUGUAUGCCAAAAAGUAUGGUUAUUAUCUUGGAUUAUUUUAUAAUCUCAGAUCUUGGGAGAGAAAUUUUGUAUGGGAAAUCUCGCUUUUGAAUUACGGAUUUGGAGUUAAGCACGAAAAAGUAGAUCAUCUACUUAUAUUAUAUGUGAACGUAUUAUAAGAUACAAAAAUAUUUCGUUUAUGUUAGCUACUGAAGUUAGCAGUAUAAUUUUAGACUAAUUAAGAUGACGAUUGCCAAACAUAUUUAAUGUAAAAAAUAUUGUAUUUGGAAGAUUAAAUAUAACUUAGCAAUUA